CAAUAUUGUACUUUCCACGUUACAGGUUCGGUCAUUUCAAACUCCCUUUAGUUAACCCUUAACCCCUUUAUUCCAUUUUUGACGUUUGUUUCGUUUAUGCACACCAGCGCCAUCUCUAUGUCGGGUGGGUGUCCAUACUAAUUUAUCGUUUUAAAAACAUUGAAACGAUAAUUCAGUGAACGAUAAAACGCUAUCAGUUGAGUUUAAAAAUUUUGCUGAUUUGAUGGUUUUUGUAGAAAAGUAGAAAUGUUUCGCAAAAUCAAUUAGAAAAAAUGGUAGCGGCGUCUGACGACUGCCACGGAAUCAUCUUUAAAUUCUUAGAAAUCUCCAUCCAUCCAUCCACUAGUUUGUAGACAUGGGCAGUGGGCUCAGUAGUAAGCUACUGAUCGUCAGCCCACCCCGAAACUCUAGUCAUUACUAUUAUCCUUAGGAUAGCGAGUGCUCGUAGAUGGACCGAUUAAAAACGACAUUUGGUUCUGGGGAGGCCUAUCUCAAUUUAAUUCGAAUAGAACACCUCGAUGGGCACUCAACGUGGCCCACGACGAUAAAAAAUCCAAGCUUUGGGGACAUCCUGGAAACCAUCGCUCCUUGGAAACCAUCAGAAAUCAAAUAGUUACGUUAGUUUGUAGAAAAUACUGUAGCCAACCUUCCAAGCUCAUAUUUUGUCUUAGACGAGAUUAAACUCUCGCUUACUCACUUUCGUGCAAAUUAGUGGUUUUUCGCGGAGAAAUAGUUUUGUGAAUUUAGUUUCCCUAUUUUGGUUUUUGGCGGAACCGGUACUUUCCUACACGAUUUGAGUCCUCCUUCUUACAAGUCGAUCGGUUUUUUUAGCAAAACCCUCUAGCAACCAAACAGAUACUCUCGUAGACAAUCUUCAGUUGAGGAAAUAGCUCACUUCAACUAGACCCUAGCUUGAUUUAACACACUUCAGAUUCUGCGCUUGCAUUCCUUUUCGUAUUCCCUCGAUGAACUCAUAACACUAGACGCUAGUAGCAGACGAUUACGAGAGAAAAUCCCGCCGAGACGAGAAAGGAACUUGGAGUGCUUCCACCACUUUGUGGCACACGCGUAGGGCUCAUGAACUGGGACUCGCAACACAGGAAAUCGAUUCCCGGACCACUCGAGCCCUCGAGAGGCUGCUAUUUUGAGCAGCCCACGGAUCACGCUAGAGCUCCGUGCUCCGAACGCUUAUGCAUACACUAUAACUGUAAGGACCAAAGAGCGAGCUUCUUGUGCUUCUUGUGCCAUCCCGGACACGCCCGGAAAUGCCUUCCCAGCAAACGCCAAACGGGUUCGGAACUGGAUUCACAAAACUAUUUAUUCGUAUACACACAAGAGAAAGGCGACGAGAGAGGCGAAAAGUACUAGUUGGGGAUUUGUGUGCAGUCUAUGUUCCAUCGAGCAUUAAGUAAAUCCUUUAGAAGAAUACUGUAAUAGACGAUGGCCGCCCCCGUCAUGUGUGGCUGGUCAAGCAAAACUACAUAGGAAAACCAGGGAAAACGCAACUUAGCGCGCACUUAUUCGUAUUUAUACUUAUUAUACAAAAAAAGCGGCCAACCGAACUAUUCAGGGAGGCCAACCUCGGGUUUGAAGGAUGAAAAUCGUAGCGAGGAGGGCAAUUAGCUGCAGUUGGAGCUUCAUCGUCUUCAUGCGAAACGCUUUUGUAAGAGUUUCUCCCGAACAGUGAGAAGGGAGUGCCGUGACAGUGAUCUCCGGACCCCGGAGCCGGAAUCCUUACAAAAACGAACUAACCAAACUAAUUACUCGAUGAUGAUUCCUGUUCUGUUGAUUGAUUAAAACAAAAAUAAAACAACAAAAACAAUCCUAAUCAUCAACCCCGUCAUCAUGAAGAGAGGGAGAGAGAGAGAGAGAGGCGGGGAUCAUAAUAAAAUGAGAACGCCAAUUGCGCUACAUUACAUGAGCCACACAACUAUCCCUUUCCCACAUUGUAAACUAUACUCAUACUUAGCAAUCGUAUACAAAUCGGCAGAGC